UCAGGUACUAAUUAUAGCGCAGACCUCACCAGAUGUUGACUACAUUUACUUUCAUGUGGUCCUCAAAACUCCAAACGAUCAUGUUGAGAGGUGUGUUAGGGGCGGGUUGACCCUAAAGGUUACUAGGAGUUUAACGCCGUGUCAGCAGUUGUCUACCUUACGGCGAGGGCCCUACAGCAAUAAUGCACUGCAAGAGAACACUGAUAGCGGCAAUGCACUGCAAGAAAACAUUGAUAACAACAAGUUCCAGUGUAACUCGGUCACCACUCAUCUGCUAAGCAGCCCUACGCACUUGAGGAGAACACUGACAGUGGUAUAAGAGAGCGGCUCCAUCGUUGUGUUGCUGUUGCAGUUUCUUUGUGUGUUUGUGUGUUUGUGUGUGUGUACACCAGGCCACCAGCAGCUGCAGAGACAACCGAGCAUCGCUCACUUGGUCGUGCUUCGCAGCACUGUGCAGUCACAGGUCAGACCUUGACCACACCUGUACAAUUAUCAAGAUGGCAGAAAGCACUAUUCCCGAGUCGUCGAAAUGCCCGUUGGUAUUCCUAGGCCAGACGGGGUUAAAGGUCUCCAACAUUUGUCUAGGAACCCUGACCUUUGGGAAAUCAACAGUCCUAUCAAGUUUAACAGACAACAUCGACGAGGAGUCUGCUUACAAACUGAUGGAUCGGUUUGCCGAGUGGGGAGGUAACUAUUUUGACUCGGCGGAUGUCUACGGACCAAAGGUGUCUGAGAAGAUUCUGGGCAACUGGCUACAAAAACAAGAGAGAGACAGGUUCGUCAUCGCCACCAAGGUUCGCAUGGCCACAGACCCGUCCAACCCCAACGAGGUGGGACUCAGCCGCCGACACAUCACACGUGCCGUGGAGGAGAGUCUGGGCCGUCUACAGACAGACUUCAUCGACCUUUACCAGAUUCACAUCUGGGAUGCUGCUGUCCCUCUGGAGGAGACCUUACGGACUCUGAACGACCUGGUGAGGUGUGGCAAGGUGCGCUACCUGGGGGCCAGCAACCUGUCGGGGUGGCAGCUACAGAAGUGGAUCCAGGUGCAAGAAAAGUUGGGACUGGAACCUGUUGUGUCCCUCCAGCAAUUUUACAACCUACAUCAGCGGACAUCCGAAUGGGAGGCGUUUGAGGUGUGUAAAGGUAACGGCCUGGCGGUGUUGCCAUGGAGCCCAUUGAACGGGGGUUUGUUGACGGGAGGAAUUACCCGAGAUAAGCCACCCGAGACAGGACGCCUGGGGCAGGAGGCAAAGCAGGACAACAACCAGGCAGUGUGGCUCAACUGGAAUAAACAUCGAAAAGAUGAUCGCAUCUGGAAUGUUCUAGAUGUCACCAAGCGCAUCGCUACGGAGCGUGGUAAAAGUCAGGCCCAGGUGGCGCUCCGUUGGCUGCUGCAAAAGGACAUCGUUGCCUCUGUCGUCGUUGGAGCACUCAACCAACAACAGCUGGACGACAACAUGGGCGCCGCCACCGGCUGGACACUGACCCCGGAAGAGAUGGCAGAGCUGGACAAGGUGUCGCAGCCCGAGAAGCCCUACCCUUACAGCAUGGCCGACAUGUUCAUGGGGGAUCGGGUCAACCGCUACAACCCUCCGUGUACCGUUUAAAUGUGUUCAGAGUAUUCUAUUACCAGCUAUUAAGAAUUUUUAUCACCACUGUUAUUUGUUUAUUAGAUUAGUACAAAAAUGUCGCAUCAGGAACUUCAGAAUUCUCUUGUUCCCACCACUGACCAUUUGCUCCAGGACGGAGGAUCCACCAGAGCAAGUGUACUAUGCUCGAUGCGGACAAGACUGUGACUUGUAACAAACAAUGACUAUAUAGCCUGCUUUCGAUCAACUAUUUAAUAUUUUAGGAAAAGAACAUGACAUAUACACUCUGUCUCAGUAGUUCAUCGACAGUGCCAGGUUGAAUUUGUGUGAGAUGUGAGCACAGGCUAUAGUCAAUGUGUGUUCAUGUAUAACCCUUGUUGUCUGUGUCUGUCAUGAAUAUUUGGGGACACGGAGACAAAGUUGUGUCAUUCUGUCAGUUAAAUGGUUGAUAAUGACACGCCAACAUAAAUUUGUCUCAAAGCUGUCUGUAACUGAAUAAAAAAAAAAAAAAAAAA